AGGGAGUAUCUUUUUCCCAUGGCUGACAUUGUAACUCCAAAUUUAAAAGAAGCAUCUGCUUUACUUGGUGGUGUUCAAUUGGAAACAGUCAGCGACAUACGUUCUGCUGCAAAAUCUAUCCAUGACAUGGGUCCACGAAAUGUACUUGUCAAAGGAGGUGACCUCGCUUCUUCAUUGGAUGCUGUUGAUAUUUUCUUUGAUGGAGAUAAUUUCUAUGAGCUGCGUUCACCACGCAUAAGAACUCGGAAUACUCAUGGAACUGGCUGCAUUUUGGCUUCAUGUAUAGCAGCUGAGCUUGCAAAAGGUUCUUUAAUGCUAUCAGCUGUUAAGGUAUAUUUUUAA